AUGGCCCGGCGCAACAGAAAGGCCUCCAACAAUGCCCUCAACAACAAUGGGGGUCCUCGCGAACAGCAACAACAACAACCAUCACCACAACAACAACAGCAACAACAACAGCCCCCCAAACAGGAGGCUGUUCAGGUCCACAGCGAGCAGGUAAGACGCCAGGAAGCGAACUACCCGCAGUACCUUAGGGAAAGGGCUAUCAGUGCCCUCCUGGAACUCGAAGAAAGAGCAUAUAGGAACUUCAAAGAAGCAGCCGAGCUCGCCACUGCUGCAGCAAAUGCGACCGACAUUCUACUUGACAUGACUGCCCAAGGGGCUCCAGCCCCAGCUCCUAACAGCAGCCCAGCACCUCCAGUGGUUGAGGAGCUCUCAAGUUCUGCCGGCAGUUCCCAGGACUUUGAAAGCUUUUUGCAAGAACUGCUGCGUCUUCUGUCCAUUGAUUUGGUGGUGGACAACAGGUUUCCUCAGCAACAGUCCCCCCCUCAGCCGCAACAACAGCGUCGGCAGCAGCAACAACAACAGCAACAGCAGCCGCCACAGCCCCAGCCACUGCAGCCCCAGGCUUUGCAGCGACUGGACCUGCUGCAGCGCUUAGCUUCCAGCGAGCCGAAAGACAUCAAGGAGGCCCUUUUGCGGCGGGACAGAGACAGCAGCGGCGCCCUGCACCUCAGCCUUCUUGAACGGCUCAGCAGCGGGGAAGACAGCGAGACCCUGCACUUGUCUCUCCUCGAGAAACUGUCCUGUUGCGGAGACGCUGCGCAGCAGAAUUCUCCAAACGUGAAGCAUGGAUCAAGAAGAACAGAAGUGGAAGCAGCAGCUACUGCUGGAAAGGGGCUAGGUGAGGCUCCCCGGGCCCCCCGCUCGAUUCGACAGCAGCUUUCCGAACAGGAGAAAAAUAGCGAGAACUUGCACUUGAGUCUCCUCGAAAGAAUCGGUUCUCUGUCGGACCUUCCAGAGGGCGCAGCAGACAGCCAAUCCCUUCACCUGUCCCUACUUUUCGGCAGAGGCAGCCUGCAGGAGAUAUUGGAAGCACGAAACUCUGGCGACCGGCGAGGGGCCACUGAACCCAAAGAAACGGCACCAGCAGGCAACUCCCCAGUUCAAGGUGUCUUUGCCAGAGGACCAGAGCCGUUGAGGCACAGCUGCGGGGGGCCUUCUGCUGCUACAGAGCCAAGACAGGGUGGCGAAACUGCCGCGAGGCAACAGUUCAGAAGGAGGGGUCCAGGCAGUCCCGGAAGCAGCAGCAGCUGCAGUGGAAGCGGGGACUCAUCAGAGUGGUUCACAGAAAGCAGCAGUAGUUCAAGAGAUAACCAGAGUUUCUCUCGACCCAAGGCAGCACCGCGCCCUGGCAGAGGCAGAAGGGCCCUUGCAGGAUUUAGUAGGCCAGUCCGUGUUGCACCACUGAAGCACCAGCAGCAGCAACAGCCACAGCAGCAGCCACAGCAGCCGCCCCAACAGCAGCCGCAGCAACAGCAGCAGCUGCUGCAGCGGCAGCAACCACAGCAGCAGGAGAGUGGCGCUGUUUGCUGCUUGACGCCAGUUCUUCGGAGUGUCUCACCCAUGCCAGGAAUUAGAAGGCCGAUCACACCGUUCUCUAAUGGAUACAUUUCGGGGCCUUUCUUCCCCACUGUAAGCCCAUCGGUGGCGUCCGCAAGGGGAAGCCCGUUCCAUAUUUCAGCGACCCCAGCAGAACGAGCUGUACUAGCAGGGACAGAGGCAGCAACUGCAGCACGGGACAGGCGCCCAGCCUCUGCAACGCAGCAGCUCCCCGCUACUGCCGAAGCUUUCUGGGACUUGUUCUACAGUCGAACGACUAUGAAAAUGCUUGAGGACGCAGCUGAAUCUGCACAAAAGGCCCCUGCUGCAGCGCCGCGGCCUGUUACACCUGUACCUGGAGUUCCUAAAAGGCAGCAAGAAGGACAAGCCAAGAAAUCGGCUUGGGUAUGGUUAGAUUCACAGAGCUCCCUGGACACCCCGUGCCCAAAAGACUGCAAAGGUUGCCAGAAUUAUGGCGACGAAAGGCCCUACGAUGCGGACAGCUCUGGUAUCUCCUCCCAGGAGAGCAUCGCAGUAGUCUCAACCCCUUCUCUUGUUGUAAGAGGAGCUCCGCUGGCCCAGCAGCAACAGCAACAGCGACAGUUGCAACAUGCAAAUAUCCGCGUAUGUGGACCCGUAGAGGCCAACGGAAGGCCUCCGCUCCUUCUAGAUGACUCUGUGAUAACAGAGGAACCAGGCGAGUUGCAUGGCGUUGAGAGCAACACGCCUGCCCUGCAGCAGCAGCAGCAACAGCAGCAGCAGCAGCAGCAGGCAUCAGCUCCUACGGGAGAACGAACAGGGGCGAGAAGAAAGCGCCGAGGCGGCAGACGCCGCUCAGGUCGCCGUGGCAACUAG